UGGAAAAAUCAGUCUGGUGAGGAACAUCACAACUUUUGCUACUUAUUCACAACGGCCCUAUUCACAUCACAUCAAGAACAUGUCAUACCUUUCACCCAUCUUAGUUAUUGGAGGACAAGGAGGUUCUGCCUUUGACUUCAGUGGUGACAACAGUGGAGCAACACUGAAAAAGAUAUGGGUGUGGGUUGUGAGCUCGCGGGUGAAGGCUUUGAAGAUUUGGCUUACUGAUGGUCAAAACCAAGAAUUUGGAAAUCCUGCAGGGGAUUUUUCUGAAUUUGAGUUCAGAGAUGGAGAGCAUAUCACCAAGCUUUCACUGUGGGGAAAUGGUGCUGGAACACGUUUGGGUGCUAUUAAAUUCCGAACAAGUUCCUCACGGGAGUUCUUUCCUCAAAUGACAGAAUGGGGGCUGAAAACUGAGUACCCUAUUGAUGUUGGCUCUGGAAUCUGCAUUGGACUUUGUGGAAGGUCUGGUUCAGACAUUGAUUCCUUAGGUUUCAAAUUCAUUAAUACCAUCAAGUCUACUGUAUUGAGGGAUGUCCAGUAUCCCACACUCCAUAAUGUAAUACCCCAGGUGGCUGUUGAGGAAAUCAAGUCCAUGACCUACAUAAACAAAUCUACUGUCACUCAAGAAUACAAACUGGAAACCUCUAAAACGAUCACCAAAAAGUCAUUGUGGUCUGUGACCAACAAGUUAGAAACAAGCUUUAACUUUGAGGUGAAAGCAGGAAUUCCAGAGGUAAUAGACGUAUCUACUGGAUUUAGCUUCACGGUGGGAACAGAAAGCACACAUACCUUAGAAGAAGAGACAUCCACUACUGAGACUAUGUCUUUUCCAGUUAGUGUUCCUGCUGGGAACACCCUACAUGUUGAUGUCACUAUUGGUAGAGUUACAGUUGAUCUCCCCUACACUGCCACAGUGGAAAUUACCUGUCUCAAUAACAGUGUUCUGAAGUUUAACACCAGUGGAACCUACUAUGGUCUCACUUACACAGAUGUAAAAGUAGUUACAAAGUAAAAAACUUACUGUAAGUCGCUAUGGAUAAGAGUGUCUGCUAAAAUGUAAAUGUAAAAUCCUUAAACUGUUGCGUAGGCAGAUUCACAAUGAUUUAUGUGACGGCCAUUUGAUAUGUUGUUGUAUAAGUCAUAAGAAUAAUUUAGAUGUCAGAAUUAGUUAUCUGAGGACAGAUCAAUGUCAUCAAAGAAACCAUAGUUUAAACUGAUGUGUGUAACUUGUGAAGAAGACCAUGGGACAACAUAGGGAACUAUUUGAUUACGUUUGAAGAAUGGUGACUUUUAGUAAAGUUACACUGUAAAGAAACAUAUUUUUACAGUUUUUCCAAACCAUUUUUUUUAAUGACAUAAGUCGUUGAUUUCAAUGUAUCACCCCCAAAAACAUCUGUAUAAAUGGAAAAAAACCCAAAAAACAUUGCUUUUUGAAAUGACGUGUCAAAUCCUAAAGUCUGCUGUUGCAGGACUCCUGAGGGUGUAUAAAAUCCUGUUCAUAUCAAUGUUACUUCAUGUAAGACACCUAGAAAAUUGAUAGGCAGUGUCUCCUCUAUGAUUUUAGUCAUUAAAAGAAGUGCUUGACCAAAUUAUAUUUGCUGUUUGAGCCUUCCUGCUUUCCGUAUGUAUCAAUUAAAAAAGUGUGCUGUGGCUAUCCAUAAAUAAAAUCUAUCA